GGCUCAUUCUCAUCGCCACCAUGGGUGAGCCAUUUGACUGUGCAAAAUGCAGUGAGUCCCUGUAUGGCCGGAAGUAUAUCCAGACAGACAGUGGCCCCUACUGUGUGCCCUGCUACGACAACACCUUCGCUAACACCUGUGCUGAGUGCCAGCAGCUUAUUGGGCAUGACUCGCGGGAGCUCUUCUAUGAGGAUCGCCACUUCCAUGAGGGCUGCUUCCGCUGCUGCCGCUGCCAGCGCUCCCUAGCUGAUGAACCCUUCACCUGCCAGGACAGUGAGCUGCUCUGCAAUGACUGCUACUGCAGUGCCUUCUCUUCACAGUGCUCUGCCUGUGGGGAAACGGUCAUGCCUGGGUCCCGGAAGCUAGAAUAUGGAGGCCAGACAUGGCAUGAGCAGUGCUUCCUGUGCAGCGGCUGUGAGCAGCCACUGGGUUCCCGUUCCUUUGUGCCUGACAAAGGUGCUCACUACUGCGUGCCCUGCUAUGAGAACAAGUUCGCUCCUCGAUGUGCCCGCUGCAGCAAGACGCUGACGCAGGGUGGAGUGACAUAUCGUGAUCAGCCCUGGCAUCGAGAAUGCUUGGUCUGCACUGGGUGCGAGACACCCCUGGCAGGGCAGCAAUUCACCUCUCGGGAUGACGAUCCCUACUGUGUGGCCUGUUUUGGAGAACUCUUUGCACCUAGGUGCAGCAGCUGUAAGCGCCCCAUCACAGGUGGGACAGGACUCGGCGGAGGCAAGUAUGUGUCCUUUGAAGACCGGCACUGGCACCACAGCUGCUUCUCCUGUGCGCGCUGCUCCACCUCCCUGGUGGGCCAAGGCUUUGUGCCUGAUGGAGACCAAGUGCUGUGCCAGAGUUGCAGCCAGGCAGCGCCCUGAGCCAGAGCUCCAGGCCUGGGCUUUCUCAAACCAGGACUCCAGGACUGUGCCUCCUUUUCUGAAGCACCUCUGUAACCCAGCCCGUCCCCGGAAUGGGGCUCCCCCUCGGCUCCAGGAUUCAGUCUCCUUACUCCAGCAUAUCCCAACUGGUACUCCCUCUCCCAAGCCCCCAAACCUGGGCUUUUAAGAAGUACCCAUAAUUCAGGCCCCCUCUCCAAGUCUGGACUGUAAAACCCAGCCCUCAUCCCUGCAGUGUGGAUUCCCAUACCAAGCCUUCUUUUCCAGUCCGGACCUAGACCCCAGGCCUCCAAACUUGCUGAGGGACUUAGGCCCCCUUAAAUCUAGAUCUCUCUGCAUAGAUUAUUUUAAGUCUCCUGUGGGUGCCUGAGAAGUUCUGUGGUACUCAGGCUUGGCCCCACCCCUAACCCCAGGGCUGGGGCUGAUUGGGCAGUAGAUUGGGGUCUCACUGGCUGGAGGGUCCUAAGGUGCAGGAUGGUACCCAGUCCGUGCCCAUCAGGCAUCUUUUCAUUGUAUUUCAGCUCCAUUUUGCUCAGACAUGAGCAAAGGGGAGAUUAGCUCACUCCCCCCUUCCAGAUUCUGCAAUAAAGCAGUAGGAGGAAGCA